AUGAAGUUUGAGAUCAGAUCAAUUCAAUUCAAUGUUGUACCAAGAAGUAGAAAAGAAGGAUGGACAUAUGACGUGUUUCUAAGUUUCAGAGGUGAAGACACCCGCAACAACUUUGUUGAUCAUCUUUUUUCUGCUCUCACUCUCAAAGGUAUUCACACCUUCAAAGACGACAAAAUGCUCGGCGGAGGCCAACCCAUUUCAGAAGAACUUGUGAAAGCCAUCAAAGAAUCAAGGUGGGCUGUUGUUGUUUUCUCCAAAAACUGCGCCACCUCUUGUUGGUGUUUGGAUGAGCUUUCCUACAUCAUGAAAUGCCAUAAACAGAUGGGGGGUCAGAAGAAGGUUCUACCCGUGUUCUACCAUGUCGAUCCGUCUGAUGUUCGUAGACAGAAAGGAGAUUUCGCAACGGCAUUCGAGACGCAUGAAGACAAGUUUAAGGAUGGAGAGAUGGAUAAAGUGAACAAAUGGAGGGAAGCUUUAACUGCUGCUGCCAGUUUAUCUGGCCAACAUAUAUUGCCUGAAUAUGGGUAUGGUAGUAGUAGGGAAAACCAUCUAGUUGAAAUAGAGCCUCGUAUUGAUGCCUUAAUUUCAUUAUUGAAAAUGGAGGCAACCCAAGAGGUCCGGAUUGUGGGGAUAUGGGGAAUGGGAGGGAUCAGCAAGACGACUAUUGCCCGGGCCUUGUUUAACAGAGUCGCUCAUAAGUUUGAGGGUAGUAGCUUUGUUAGUGACAUUAGAGAGAAUAGCUCCAGUAAAAAAGAUAUGUGCACUUUACAAGAAAGGAUUCUGAAUGAUAUUCUAGGGGAGCGUCAUGGGUACAAGAUAACGGAUCGUGAUCAAGGGGCUGAAAUAAUACAAGAAAGAUGUUGCAGAAAGAAGGUUCUUCUUGUUCUUGAUGGCGUUAACGAUGUAAAGCAGUUAGAGUUCCUAGUUGCGACAUGUGAGUGGUUUGGUCCAGGGAGUAGAAUCAUUAUAACAAACAGGGAUCAACAUUUGCUAUCAUAUGCUAAUUCUAAUGACCAGUACAAACCCGCUCUGUUAAGUGGGGAUCAAGCUGUUGAGCUCUUCAGUAGGCAUGCUUUUAAUAAAAGAAGCCCUUCAGAAGGAUACGAGGAGUUGUCAUUUCAUGCAAUACACCAUGCUGGUGGUCUUCCUCUAGCAUUGAAAACAAAUCUGUGGGAAAGUGCUUUGAGGAGACUGGCCAAAACACAAGAUAAUGAAAUCAUGAACACAUUCAAGUUAAGUUAUGACAAUCUAGAUGUUUCUGAUCAACAAAUGUUCCUUGACAUUGCAUGUUUCUACAAGGGGAAACAUGUAGGUGAUGUUUUUUACAGAUUUGGUUUUGGCUUUGGAUUUGACCCGGAAAUAGGAAUUAGCGUUCUUGUUGAAAGAUCUCUUAUAACUGUCUCAUCAACAAAGAUAGAUAGUACAGUUAUUAAAAAAGUUGAGAUGCAUGAUAUCAUACAAGAGAUGGGUCGGAAAGUAGUUCAAGCACAUGCUCUGAAUAGCAGGCUGUGGGAACUCGAAAAGAUCCACGAUUUAAUCAACAAGAAGGAACUAGGAUUAGUUGAGGGGAUAGUGGUGCCAUGGGAAAAAGCCAAGGAGAGUUUGAUUGCUGAUGUUUUUAAAAGCAUGAAGAAUCUUCGGCUUCUCGAUUGCUGCCAAAACUUCACUUCUUGUGAACCUACCUUUCUCCCUGGUGAGUUAAGAUGGUUUUGUUGGAGACAAUACCCAUUCUCUUCUCUGCCUGUGGCACACAUGAGUAAGCUUGUUGGGCUUGAAAUGAAGGAUGGCAAUACUAAACAUUUAUGGAAGGGGAAAAACGUAUAUAAUCCAUGGAACCCUUUAUCUUUAAUAGCACCACGGGUUUCUUCAUAUAAUAAUCCAAACUUGAGAUACAUUCACCUUAAAGGAUGUUAUUCUCUAGAAAGGUUUCCAGAUGUCUCGGGGGCACCAAACAUCCAGAUUCUGAAUUUGUCAUUUUGUGAGAACAUGGUGGAGGUCGAUGAGUCUGUGGGGAGUCUGAAAAUCCUUAUUCUCUUGGACAUGAGGAGUUGCCAUAAACUCAAGUGUCUCCCAUCCAUGCUCAAGACGAAAUCCUUGAUGACCCUCAUUCUGUGUGGGUGUUGUCUCUUAAAAGAAUUCCAGAAUUCUCGCCAUGUAUGGUCAAUCUAUCUAGAAUAGAUAUUAGUUAUUGUCCGGAAAUAGAAGAAGUACCAUCGUCCAUAAAAUAUCUCUCUAACCUAAGCCUCUUGGAGCUUACUGGAUGCACAAAUCUUAAGAUUAUUCCAAACUCAAUUUCGGAGUUAAAGUGUCUCAACACCCUUGGCCUCUGUGGUUGUAAGUAUCUGAUAAAUCAAGAGCUGAUUUUUAUA